CUCCUGAGCCGCUGCUACUGCUGGCAAAAGAUGGAAAAAUCAGAUAGACAUCUAUCGAGUAUUUAACAUAAAAUGACGGGUUUUGCAGCCUGUUUCCGAUUGACAGGGGAUUCGGUAUUGGCACCGAUCUGAGCUCCACAAGACAACGAGAAAGGUUGGUGUCAUAAUUUUUGGCUAGCUCCUGUUGAAAGAGGAAAGUCUGUCAGCAGCAUUGUCCGCCCCUUAAAGUGGAGAGCAUCAGACCUCUAUUUUAUCAUGACCAUUGCACCCAGCAUCUCCAGUUGAAGCAGGAUCACCACCAUAUAUUGAUACAAUUGGUGAAAGUCCCGAUCACAAAAUCAGCAAGAAUACUCCAGUUUAGCCGUCAGCUCCAUUCUUCCAUCUAGCAGAAGAUGUACGGGAGUGCCCGCUCUGUAGGCAGAGGGGAUGCCAACCAUAGUGGAGGAAGAGAUGGAGGUGGCACUGGUAAUCAGGGAUCUGGCCGUUCCCCUCGCCUUCCCCGUUCUCCUCGGAUGGGACACCGUCGCACCAACAGCACCGGAGGCAGUGGAGGGGGUCCUGGAGGAGCAGGAGGCAAGACGCUUUCCAUGGAGAACAUCCAGUCGCUCAACGCUGCGUAUGCCACCUCAGGACCAAUGUACCUGAGUGACAAUGAGGUUGCCAUGGCAGGUGACCACCUUCCCAAAAGUGGUGGGACAGUGACGACGAUGGGGAGACAGAGGGUGACAUAUGGGUCAAGGGGCAGCAGCAGCAGCGGAGUUGUGGCUGCUAGCACCCCCAACAUCUCCACCUCAGUGCCUGCCAAUGCUGUGCUGCCAGCAGGCAUGAUGGCAGGUGAUGCUCUGGCUUUUGGGGACCACCACAUGGCCUCCACUGUGCCCCAUUCUCUGAGGCAGGCCAGAGACAACACCAUACUGGACCUGCAGGCACAACUGAAAGAGGUUCUGCGUGAGAAUGAGAUGCUACGGCGAGAAGUAGAAGUUAAGGAGAGCAAGCUUAGCUCGUCCAUGAAUUCUAUCAAGACCUUCUGGAGCCCAGAACUGAAAAAGGAGCGAGCUCUCAGGAAAGACGAGGUCUCUAAGAUCACUGUGUGGAAGGAACAGUACCGUGUGAUUCAAGACGAAGCACAGCAUCUCCAGAUGACUGUUCAGGCUCUUCAGGAUGAGCUGAGGAUCCAGAGGGACCUGAACCAGCUGCUCCAGCAAGACCCCGCCAUACAAGGUCGGGAUCUGGCCCUGACAUCUGAACCGACGGAGGAGAACUACCGGCGGCUACAGGCCGAGCACGAGAGGCAGGCCAAAGAGCUCUUCCUCCUCAGAAAGACCCUGGAGGAGAUGGAGCUGAGGAUCGACACACAGAAGCAAACCCUGGGAGCCAGAGACGAGUCCAUCAAAAAACUUCUGGAGAUGCUGCAGAGCAAAGGGCCAUCUGCCAAGGCAUCAGAGGAGGACCAGGAGCGGACCAGGAGACUGGCUGAUGCAGAGAUGCACAGACAUCACCUUGAGAGUUUACUGGACCAGAGAGACAGAGAGAUUAAUGCACUAAGAGAGGAGCUGCACCGUCGAUAUGAGGGAACCCCAGAGUCCACCAAAACUAAGGCUCUGCAGACUGUCAUUGACAUGAAGGAUGCAAAAAUCAGUUCAAUGGAGCGAGGCAUGAGAGACAUGGAGGAGGAGCUGCUAAUGCUUAAAUCCAAUGGACUCCUGAGCUGUGAGGAGCGUCAAGAAGAGAUGAAGCAGAUGGAGGUGUACCGCAGCCACACGAAAUUCAUGAAAAAUAAGAUGGAGCAGGUGAAGCAGGACCUCUCCAGGAAGGAUACUGAGCUGCUUGGUUUGCAGACCAAGCUAGAGACGCUCACCAACCAGUUCUCAGACAGCAAGCAGCACAUUGAAGUCCUCAAGGAGUCCCUCACUGCAAAGGAGCAGCGAGCUGCCAUCUUACAGACAGAGGUGGAUGCCUUGCGCCUGCGCUUAGAAGAGAAGGAGGCAACUCUGAACAAGAAGAGCAAGCAGAUACAAGAAAUGUCAGAAGAGAAGGGCACACUCAAUGGGGAGAUCCAUGACCUUAAGGACAUGCUUGAGGUUAAGGAGCGCAAAGUUAAUGUGCUACAGAAGAAGAUUGAGAACCUGCAGGAGCAGCUAAGGGACAAGGAGAAGCAAAUGAGCAGUCUGAAGGAGAGAGUCAAGUCUUUGCAGGCAGACACCUCCAACACUGACACUGCUCUCACCACACUGGAGGAGUCUCUUGCAGAAAAGGAGCGCAUCAUUGAGCGUCUAAAAGAGCAGCGAGACAGAGACGACCGGGAGAGGACAGAGGAGCUUGACUCUUACAGGAAGGAACUGAAAGAGUUAAAGGAGAAACUGAGCUUAGUGCAGGGAGACUUGUCAGACAGAGAGACGUCUCUGUUGGACCUGAAGGAGCAUGCAUCAUCGCUGGCCUCGUCUGGGCUGAAGAAGGACUCCAAACUCAAGAGUAUGGAGAUCGCUUUGGAGCAGAAGAGGGAGGAGUGCCUCAAAGUGGAGAACCAGCUUAAGAGAGCUCAAAACGCAGCCCUGGAGGCUCAGGCCAACACUGAGCUGGCUGAGCGCAUUAAGAACCUCGAACAGGAAGUGGCCCGCCACAAAGAGGAUUCUGGGAAGGCCCAGGCUGAGGUGGACCGCCUGCUGGAAAUCCUUCGGGAAAUGGAGAAUGAGAAGAAUGACAAGGACAAAAAGAUCAAUGAGCUGGAGAGUUUGGCCUCCAGGCAGAUGAAGGACCAGUCGAAGAAGGUGGCGUCUCUGAAGCACAAGGAGCAGGUGGAGAAGAGCAGGAAUGCUCGACUCAUGGAGGAGGCCAGGAAGAGGGAGGACAACAUGUCCGAGAGCUCCCAGCAGGUGAAGGACACUCUGCGUCAGAAGACAGAGCGCAUAGAGGAGCUGGAGGAGGCCCUAAGAGAGAGCGUUCAGAUCACUGCUGAGAGAGAGAUGGUGCUGGCACAGGAGGAGGCUGCCAGGUCACUCCAGGAGAAACAGAUGGAGGAGCUGCUGGGGGCCAUGGAGAAAGUGAAGCAGGAGCUGGAGUCCAUGAGGGCCAAGCUGGCCUCCACCCAGCAGUCUCUGUGUGAGAAAGAGGCACACCUCUCAACCCUGCGAGCUGAGCGCAGGAAACACCUGGAGGAGGUGCUGGAGAUGAAGCAGGAGGCGCUGCUGGCUGCUAUCAGCGAGAAAGAUGCUAACAUCGCCCUGCUGGAGUUGUCCUCCUCGAAGAAGAAGAAGACCCAGGACGAGGUGGCUCUGCUGAAGCGGGAGAAGGACAGACUGGUGCAGCAGCUCAAACAGCAGACGCAGAACAGAAUGAAACUGAUGGCAGACAAUUACGAGGAUGACCAUCUGAAGACCGCUCCUGACCAGACAAAUCACAAACCCUCUCCAGAUCAGAUGAUACCCCCUCUUUUAGCCCUGUCCCAGAACCGCAGUAAGCUCAAGCUCUACAUCGCCCACCUGACAGACCUCUGCCAUGACCGGGACCCCAGCAUCCUCAGCCAGCUCACGCCACCCUCUCACUACCACCACAGCGACCCCGAAGACUGGGAGGAGGAGCUCCAGAAGAUGAGUGUUGAACAGUUGGAGCGAGAGCUGGAGGUGUGUGAGAAGGAGAGCGGAGAGCUGCAGGAGUACGCCAACUCUGUUCUCCAGCAGAUCGCAGACUACUGCCCUGAUAUCCUGGAGCAGGUUGUCAAUGCCCUGGAGGAGUCGUGCUGACAACUCUGACCUCGGACCCGACCCGGCCGACCCCUGGUCUUCACAUAAUCUGUAGCUGAGCCCAGGUGCCCCUACCUCCACUCAACGAGGCACCUGGAAGGAUGAGCGACAGCUGGGGCAUUAUCUCACCCCGCUGAGCUUCUCUUCCUCGCUCCCCUCGUCCACCCUGAAACAAACUUUGAUGACUCCUCAGUGCUUUCCUGUCUCAUGUGUCUCUCUAUUGUCAGGGCUGUAAAAUCGAAUUAGGGAUGUCCACAAGUGUGUCGAAACGUUUUCAAAUAUGGCACUUUGAGCAAAUAUCGGAUCACAUUCUGCCAAUCGAGGUCCUCUCAUUGAAUGACAGCUAUGGCAGAUGGUGGGAAUAGAGAGAGGAGAUAUCUUAAGUUCACACUUAAUGUUAUAUCAGGCAGGAAACAGUUUACUGGAGGUUCAUGGAAAGUUAAAAGCUAACCCUUUAUGCUCCACUUUGUAGGAUUUAGGGGGAUAGAUUGGGGGAUACAUAGGGAGCAGGUCCUUGUCCACAAAGAUGGCCAUGUUGCACCAGCGUGUUUCUACAAUAGUCCACAACAAGCAAACAAAAAAUUGGCUCUAAAUAUGGCCAUUAGCAUCGGCUACUGUCGUCAACAUCCCGCCUGUGAUGAGUGUGUCAGCUGAACAGUUUUUUAAUGUGAAACUGCUUUACUCAGUGUUUUCACUGAUUUAAAUCACCGGGUCCGUUUACCCACCCAUUUACAUUAUGGAUAACUGAAAAAUAAAUGAACAGACAAUAAAAUAACAUAAAAGUCUAACUAUUAAAGUUAAGUACAACAAUACAAUAAAAGGAAAAGAGAAAAAAGGGAUGAGAGACAGGAUCGUAUUAACCAUAAUGACAUCGUCAGUGGAGGCCUUUAUUCAAUCGUGAGAUGGGAGAUUCUCCAUGUAGUUAAGAAAAGGUUGCCAUAUAGUAUAGAAAAUAUGUUUAUUCUUCCUUAGUGAGUAAGUUAUCUUCUCUAGAGAAAUACAGCUGUUCACAGUCCAACAGGCAGCGGGAGAUAUGACACCCGAGAAACACUGAGUUGUAACGUGAGUCUUCUUUAUUCAGUGGUUUUAAUCACCUGGUGCGUUUGUUCUGGGGAGGAGGAAACCUCUGCGGAUAAUUCAGCUCUCAGUAAAACCUCCUGAACAAUAAACACUGAAGAAAUUCUAACCAGGAGAGUUUUUAAGCUGUUUGCAACCUGCAAUCCUCACUCCUGCAUGCCACUAAAUCUCCCUAAAUCUUACACACUGUUCCUUUCAACAUUUGUGAGCUCACUAAUAAUCGAUUUUUGCCUGCAGUAAACUUAAAAUAUGGCGCACCUGUGAGUCUGGGACAGGUGCGUUGGGAGAAAGAGGAUAUUAGAUGAAAGAAGCAAACUUCCGCACAAAGUCUCGGAGUAUACUGCCAACUUUCCGCUCCCUCAACGUCUUCAUUCACUGCAGGAACUGCUCGAUCAAGCACGGUUACCUCACCCACCUCUGUCUCACGCAUCUUUCAAGUUAAACGGGGUAAAUUUUAUUCCUUACAUGGGGCAGGAAAGCACUUUGAGUCUUAGAGAACUGGGGAGCUGCUACAUCUAGAGGGGAGCAGAGAGGAGCUCAGUUCAGUGGGGGAGUCACGGAGCCAUGCAGAUGCUUAUUUUGUAUCGUAGUUCCCUAACUAGUAGGUUGGAGUCACUAGUUAGAAACACAGUUACUGGUGGCUGAACAUCUGCAAAAUGCCACUUUUUAACCAAAUAUAAACGCAGCAUGUUCUCCAAAUGUUUCCUCUCCCGGCUCGGAGCUGUGGAUCUGUCAUUGUAGCCAGUUGUAGGUACAUUUUUUUAUUAUUUUUUUUAAACUGUGUAGUCUGUGGCUGGGUCACUGGCACGAGAGGGGGAUCAAGGCCCGACCUUUGACACAAAUCAGAGGUCCGCUUUUAGUUACUAUGUUCUCAAAUACAAAUGAGAGAGAGAGGAAACCAAAAAAAAAAAAAUAUUCUGAGACGUAUUCAUUUUUCGAUGGUUUUGCACACAAUGUCCACUUGUUUAUGAGGUAUGCAAUGUUUCUUUUGAGAACGUUCUAGUGGCCUUGGAGCAUGCACAGAGAUCAGUACUGGACCUAAUGCAGGGAUGUUUAUUCCUCUGUAAUAUUGGUGCUAAGGCAUGAUGUAAGAACUUACGAUCUGAUCCACUGAUCAUUCAUCCAAAGUUUCUAUAGAUGUUACUUAAAGCCCACCUGAUCUUUCGUUAGUCGACUGAAUCACUGAAGAAUACAAGCGAUACCCCUUUUUUUCUUGUAUUUUUCAGAUCACUUACAAAUGCAAGUGAUGCCUCCUUUAUUGUCUUUUUUGAACUCUUCAGGGCUGAGGUUUUUAAUUACUAAGUGCAUCUACAUUUACAGGAAAUGAAAGUCACUUUUCAGCAGAUUUUGACUUUUUAGAUCAGUUUGUAAAUAACGUGAUAUUUAACACGUACAGUGACUGAUUAAAGGUAAUUAAGUGGAAGGUGUCGUGAAUUCUUUAAAAAAAAAAAAUCUGAAAAGAUAAAAGCAGUGCAGUUGUCUUUUGUGUCUAAUU